GCAGAAGCAAAAGUUGACUCUCACUUCAAGCGGAAAAUAUCGGCCUUGGAAUCUAUUCAUCAGCCACCAUGGACAAGAACGGAUUCGUCAAGAAUGAUGCUGCGUAUAGCGCUGUUGCCAAGCAGUAUGAGUUCCUUCACAUGAAGCCCAGCAAAUACCACAACCCCGCCCUCGUAGACGCGGAGCAAGAAGUCCUCGACCAGCUCUACCGAGGCUGGUUGCACUACUGGAACCUCGAAUCCCGCGCUGACUAUCACAACGGCAUGGUGGGCGCGCGCCGCUUCUAUGACUUCGACGACAUGCUCAGCUACGACAUGUUCGGCAACACGGUCCGCGGCAGCUUCGAGGAGCACUUCAACUCCAUCUUCCCGUACUGGAACGACGGCGAGAUGGAGUUCAAGGACAUUGAGAUCACCGCCGUGGCGCCAGACUGGGCCUACAGCUCCAUGAUCCAGCACACAUGGGGCAGCGCGGGCGGCGUGCCGUUUGACACGGCCUUCCGACGAACAGGAAUUGCGCAUAAGAAUGAGGCGGGCGAGUGGAAGUGGGUGCAUGAGCAUUUGAGCUUCCCGACAGAUAUGAAGACGAAGCAGGCGGAUUUCACGGCGAGCUUGGACCCAUUGAAGGCGACCAAGUUGACGUAGUUGGAUAGCUUGACCUUAGCCUUACGGAGCUAGAAUGUUAGAG